AUGGCGUUGGCAGUGCCGGUGUGGUGGGAAGGUCAUGAGAUUGCUGGUCUCAUACAUGGCGUUGGCAGUGCCGGUGUAUGGGAAGAUGCCGGUGUGGUGAUGAUACUGUCUGCGCGCGUAGGACUUGAUAUGAGAUUUGUGAGCUACACGUGGCGUUGGCAGUGCCGGCGUGUGAGCUAUGGAGUUCCGUCCCCCGGUUGGACUACUCAUCCCUGGACGCGGGUUCAUGUUCGAAAAUCCUGCGUACCAGCCAACAAUCCCCCGGUUGGAUUGUCUUCCCCGGGGAGACUCUGCCAAAAUUUUGGUAGGAUGUCUUGGGUUUUUAGUAAGUGGGCCCGGCAUCGGUGUGAUGUCGGCACCAAAACAGGGUCCGCCCCAGUUUCGGGGGAAAUUCCGGGGCGGGUCCUGUCAGCUUGGUAUCAGAGCACUAGAACCAUGUCGACUCGUCGACCAAGAACGCGAGGUCGUGGUCAGAGAUGGGGGCCAAAUCCUCCACCACCAUCUCCGUCACCACUUCCUUCGCCACUAGUUCCAUCUCCUCCACCAUCUCCACCUGCUGGAGAGAAUGCCUUGGACUUGCGCCAGGUGCUAAGCCAAUUUACGCGCACGAUGACUACCGCCUUGCGGGGGAGGCGUGGCACAGAAAGUUCUGAAAUCAAAAGGGUAAAGGAACUUGGGGCAAAAGAGUUCAUGGGUGGCCCAGACCCAGCAGAGGCUGAGAGUUGGAUCUCUGAUGUGGAGAGGAUUUUUGAGGUGCUGGAGUGCCCAGAUGGGGAUAGAGUCCAUGAUGCGUGGUUGGAAGCCGAUUUGAUUCCCUUAGAUUUGGUGGAUUUCGAUGUUAUUUUGGGGAUGGAUUGGCUAGAGAAGCAUCAUGCGUCCGUGGAUUGUUUCCGGAAGGAAGUGACACUCCAGAGUCCAGGACAACCCAAAGUGAUAUUCCGGGGAGAACAUAGAAUCCUCCCUACUUGCCUUAUCUCUGCUAUUACAACUAAGAGGUUACUCCAGAAAGGGUGUGAAGGAUUCUUAGCUCAUAUCAUCGACACUCGAGAGAUCACCUUGAAUCUGGAAGAUAUUCCCGUUGUUAGUGAGUUUCCUGAUGUCUUUCCAGAUGAUCUUCCUGGGUUACCUCCUGAAAGGGAAAUCGAGUUUACUAUUGAACUCCUUCCAGGCACCAAUCCUAUCUAUCUAACUCCUUAUAGGAUGGCACCAUCCGAACUUCGGGAGUUGAAGACUCAGUUGCAGGAAUUAGUGGAUAUGGGUUUCAUCCGACCUAGUGUUUCCCCAUGGGGUGCACCGGUGUUGUUUGUGAGGAAGAAGGAUGGGACCAUGAGGUUAUGUAUUGAUUACCGGCAGUUGAAUAAGGUGACAGUACGUAACCGGUAUCCUUUGCCUCGGAUUGAUGAUUUGUUCGAUCAGUUGAAAGAUGCCAAGUAUUUCUCUAAGAUUGAUCUGAGAUCAGGGUACCAUCAAUUGAGGAUUAGAGAAGAGGAUGUUCCUAAGACCGCAUUCAGAACGCGGUAUGGUCAUUAUGAAUUUCUGGUGAUGCCGUUUGGACUGACGAAUGCUCCAGCAGCGUUUAUGGAUCUCAUGAACAGAGUGUUCCGACCAUACUUGGAUCACUUUGUGAUUGUGUUCAUAGAUGAUAUCUUGGUUUACUCUAAGACUUUGGAAGGGCAUAAGAAGCAUCUAAGAUUGGUAUUAAGGACUUUAAGGAGGAAGCAGCUUUAUGCCAAAUUUAGCAAGUGUCAGUUUUGGCUUGAUAGAGUGGUAUUCCUUGGACAUGUAAUCUCAACGGAAGGGAUUUAUGUGGAUCCGCAGAAAGUUGAGGCUAUUGUGAAUUGGGUGCAACCACAAGUGUGA